CGCUUCAAACCCAUAUUCCACGGGGAGAGGGAAAGAGAGAGAGAGGGAGCACGAGCGAGACUGCGAGUGUGUGUGUGUGUCAGUGAGAGAGAGAGAGAGAGAGAGAGAGAGAGAGAGCUGGAGCUGGGAAGAAGAGCAACGGCAGAAAACGAGGAGAGAGAGAGAGAGAGAAAACGGGACAAGGACACAAAUGGCACUCAUGGCAGGGGUUUUGUUCACGGUCAGCUUUCUUGUUUCUGGGAUCUCUACAUUUGUUUCCUCGGCUCGGAUUUAUCCUCCUAAUGAAGUCACGUUACUGGACUCCAGAGCUGUACAGGGGGAGCUGGGAUGGGUCGCCAACCCAACAGAAGGAGGGUGGGAGGAGGUGAGCAUUAUGGACGAGAAGAACAUUCCCAUCCGGACGUACCAGGUGUGUAAUGUCAUGGAGCCAAACCAGAACAACUGGCUGCGCACUGACUGGAUCCCCCGCGGCGGCGCUCAGCGCGUCUACAUCGAGAUCAAGUUCACCCUCCGAGACUGCAACAGUCUGCCGGGAGUCAUGGGAACCUGCAAGGAGACCUUCAACCUUUACUACUACGAGUCCAACAACGACAAAGAGCGCUACAUCCGCGAGAACCAGUUCGGAAAGAUCGACACCAUCGCCGCGGAUGAGAGCUUCACCCAGGUGGACAUCGGCGACCGCAUCAUGAAGCUGAACACGGAGGUGCGCGACGUUGGCGCUCUGACCAGGAAGGGCUUCUAUUUAGCCUUCCAGGACGUGGGCGCGUGCAUCGCGCUCGUGUCCGUCAGGGUCUUCUACAAGAAAUGUCCGUUAGCGGUGCGUAACCUGGCCCAGUUCCCCGACACCAUCACAGGAGCAGACACCUCCUCGCUGGUGGAAGUGCGUGGCUCAUGCGUGGAUAAUUCAGAGGAGAAGGAGGUUCCUAAGAUGUACUGUGGGGCUGAUGGGGAGUGGCUGGUCCCCAUCGGGAACUGUCUGUGCAACCCUGGACAUGAGGAGCGCAAUGCAGAAUGCCAAGCCUGUAAGAUCGGAUACUACCGGGCUCUGGCCAGUGACGGCUCCUGCUCCAAGUGUCCGCUCCACAGUUACUCCGUGAGAGAGGGAUCCACCUCCUGUGUUUGCGACAAGGGAUACUUCCGCUCGGAGACGGACCCGGCAUCCAUGCCCUGCACCCGUCCUCCAUCAGCGCCCAUCCAUCUCAUCUCCAAUGUGAACGAGACUUCUGUAAAUCUGGAGUGGAGUCCGCCCCGGAGCUCGGGAGGACGCCAGGACCUGACAUACAAUGUGGUUUGCAAGCGCUGCGGUCCUGACGGCCGGCGCUGUCAGCCCUGUGGCAACGGCAUCCACUUCAGCCCCCAGCAGCUGAGCCUGAAGGGAACCAGGGUGUCCAUCAACGAGCUGCAAGCCCACACCAACUACACCUUUGAGGUGUGGGCCGUGAACGGAGUCUCGCCUCAGAGUCCCGGGCCGGAGCAGGCCGUGUCGGUGACCGUCACCACCAACCAGGCUGCUCCAUCUCCAGUGACUUCCAUCCAGGCAAAGGACAUCACAAGACACACCAUUUCACUGGCCUGGCAGCCACCAGACAGAGCCAAUGGGGUUAUCUUAGAGUAUGAAGUCAAGUACUAUGAGAAGGAUCAAAAUGAAAGAAGCUACCGGAUCAUAAAAACGUCAUCGAGGAACACGGAAAUCAAGGGCCUCACGCCUCUCACCUCCUAUGUGUUCCAUGUGCGGGCUCGCACCGCAGCAGGCUACGGGGAAUUCAGCGGUCCGUUUGAGUUCAUGACCAACUCUGUUCCAGCUCCCAUCAUUGGGGACGGGGCCAACUCCACGGUGCUGCUGGUGUCAGUGGUGGGCAGUGUCGUCCUCCUCAUCAUCCUCAUCAGCGCUUUCGUCAUCAGCCGAAGAAGGAGUAAGUACAGCAAGGCCAAGCAGGACUCUGACGAGGAGAAGCACUUACAUCAAGGAGUGAGGAUAUACGUCGAUCCCUUUACCUACGAAGACCCAAACCAAGCUGUCCGAGAGUUCGCCAAAGAGAUCGACGCCUCCUGUAUUAAGAUUGAGAAAGUCAUCGGCAUUGGGGAGUUUGGCGAGGUCUGCAGCGGCCGCCUCAAGAUGCCGGGCAAAAGAGAGAUCUGUGUGGCCAUCAAGACUCUGAAGGCAGGAUACACAGACAAGCAGAGGAGGGACUUCCUGUCCGAGGCCAGCAUCAUGGGCCAGUUCGACCACCCAAACAUCAUUCACCUGGAGGGCGUGGUCACCAAAUGUAAGCCAGUGAUGAUAAUCACAGAGUACAUGGAAAACGGAUCGCUGGACGCAUUUCUGAGGAAGAACGACGGCCGCUUCACCGUCAUCCAGCUGGUCGGUAUCUUGCGCGGCAUCGCGUCGGGCAUGAAGUACCUCUCAGACAUGAGCUACGUUCACAGAGACCUCGCGGCGCGCAACAUCCUGGUCAACAGCAACCUGGUGUGCAAAGUGUCUGACUUUGGGAUGUCCAGAGUUCUGGAGGACGACCCCGAGGCCGCGUACACCACCAGGGGAGGGAAGAUCCCGAUCCGCUGGACGGCCCCUGAGGCCAUCGCGUACAGGAAGUUCACCUCGGCCAGCGACGUGUGGAGCUACGGCAUCGUCAUGUGGGAGGUGAUGUCAUACGGCGAGCGACCAUACUGGGACAUGAGCAACCAGGACGUCAUCAAGGCUAUUGAUGAGGGCUACCGGCUGCCCCCGCCCAUGGACUGCCCCGUGGCGCUGCACCAGCUCAUGCUGGACUGCUGGCAGAGAGAGAGAGCCGACCGGCCCAAGUUUGGCCAAAUCGUCAACAUGCUGGACAAGCUGAUCCGUAACCCCAACACUCUGAAGAGGACCGGAGGAGACGCUGCGGUCAGGCCCAACACCACCCUGCUGGAGCCCGGCAGCCCAGAGGCGUCCUCGGCCGUGGCCACAGUGGAGGACUGGCUGCAGGCCAUCGGCAUGGAGAGAUACAUGGACAACUUCACAGCUGCAGGCUACACCACUCCAGAGGCCGUGGUCCACAUGACACAAGAGGACAUGGCUCGCAUCGGUAUCUCCUCGGCAGCCCACCAGAACAAGAUCCUGACCAGCGUCCAGGGAAUGCUGUCCCAAAUGCAACAGAUGCAAGGCAGAAUGGUUCCUGUCUGACCCGAAGAUCCGAAACGACGGCGAAACGGAAGCGACUUUGUUUCUUAUGGGGGGGAAAUAAAUAAAUAAAUAACAAAAAAAGAAGAAAUGUAGAAAAAAAAAAGAGACAAACAAACUAUGAAGAAAUAGUUUACCUCAUCCGUGCACUUUAAAUUGGAUCUAAAUAAAAGAGAAUGAAUUGAUGAAGACGGGAAAAAAAGUGGAGAAAAUUGCACUUUUUUUUUUGAAUCCGCCCUUUUUUUCUUGCUGUUUUGGAGAGUGGGCACUUCUGUCUGCAGCGUUUAUGGAUGGAUGAAGGGAUGGAUGGAAACGUGCUUCCCAAAGGCCGAUCUGGAGUGCCUUUAAGGGUCUGGAAGGAAAAGCAUGGAGGAGGGGAAGCACACCUUUCUGUUGUUUCUGGAACUUUCUUUCUGGAAUAAUCCGCAGAGCAGAUUUUCUUCCUUUUGUUCCUUCUUUUUUUUUUAUAUCCUGUGACUGUGUUUGUUGUACAUUAAAUGUGUUGCUGCCGCAGACACCUCUGUGUGCUCUGUGUCUCACAAACAACAUAUAACCGGGACAUCUCUGAGACCCCGGGGAGACGGCGGUGCAGGAGGGGGCUCACUCUGAGUCGGACUGACCUCAGGACGUUACGGAGAAUGUGUUUGAUCUUCCAGAGGAGACUUCUCACUCACACACACACACACACACACACCCACACACACACACACACACACACCCCAGAUAAACAUACAAUUUGGAUUCUUCCACUCAUCUUGUCAUGGGAAUCGAAGCUGUGCUACUGCGGGACCUCGCGUCUCGUCCUCACCACUGCUGAUGGACAGCUGUUUGGACCAGUUGAGACGCCUUUUUAUGGACUGGACGCCAGAAUGAAGGAAUUUACUGGCAGGAUUUACAAGGACAAAACUGUCCAACAAAAGGCAAGAUGGAUGCCGAGUCCAUCAGAAUCAUCAAGAAAAUACAGCCACCUUUACUCACACCAUCAACAAGCUGCUGCCGUCCAUCUAAAACAGGAUCCCAGGCUCGACGAGAACUCUUCCUCUUUUGUCUUCCUCCUCCUGCCAGGCCGGUCCUCUCCUCCGACACAGAGAUGACAAACCCAUCGUGUCAGCUUGACAAACCGACCACCCGUCUGUUUGGUGCUGGAAUAACUCACAGCGUGAAAAACAAGAGACAAUGACAAGAAUGUAAUAUAAUAGAGAAGCCCUGCUGCAGCAGAUAAUGUGCUUUUAUUUUGAAAGUUUCAUUUUAUUUUUAAUGCCUUUGUUCUGUCCGCAUGUAAAGUAACAAGUGUUUGAGUGUGUGUGUGUGUGUGUGUGUGUGCGUGUGUGCGUGUGUGUGUGCUGUCAGUAACUGUGUGUGUGUUCAUGCCAUCGUUGAGGAGGUUUUUACAUAUUACAACAAACCCUGAACUUUUUCUUUUGAGCUUUUGUGUCGGAAAAUGAAAUAAAAUAAAAAAAAAGAGAA